CAGAGGCCAUAUGAGGAUACUGCGCAUGCGCCCGUAGCAGGAGGUCCGGCCCACGGGUUGAGAGAGGAAACAGCGACAUCUGGCGGAACGCGGGGGAUGUUUAUUCUAUCUUCAUCCCGCUGCAGUAUUUAUUUAAUUUUAUCCCCGACACGUUGAGAGCGAGCACGUGAGAGAAAAUGGACGACGGAAGUAAACACGCGUUUGGGGCCGGGCCGCCGCGAGCUGCUCACCCCAGGCCGUUCUUCUACGUGCAGCCGCCGUCUCAGCCGUACUACGUGGCCCAGAACUGGCAGAUGAACAACCCGUACGGCCACUACGGGCUGCCCGGAGGUCUAAACCUCGGCCGCCCCUGCAUGCAGCCGUACCAGUACAUGCAGUACCCGGGGUUUGUUUACCCUCAAGCCCCCAUCUACCCCAUGGACUACCGGCGCAUGUUCGAGCCCCGCUUCCCAGCUCCGACCUGGAACGACAUGCAGCAGUAUCACAUGCAGCAGCAACAACAACAACAUCAUCAACAACAACAACAAUAUUAUCAUCAGCAGCAGCAGCAGCAGCAGCAGCCUUAUGGGCGUCGGGAGACGGCGUGCUCGGAGGCUCAGACCGACCCCAGCGACGCCAUCACCAAACUCAUGGAGUGCCUGGAUAAGAUCCGAGCCGCGGAGCUGCAGCACGGCGCCGAGCGGGAGCUCGACUCCGGCGUCGCCUCGCAGUCCUCCGGGAUGUUCUCUCCGGCGGAGGAGAAGAAGAAGAGCGAAGCGCCGCAGGGUCACGCCCGGCCUCCGGUGGCCGACGGCGACGGACGUCCGGAGUCCCCGGCCGUGACCUUCGGCGACUCCACGGCGGCGGUGUACGACGGCGAGUCCAGCCGGAGGAGCGCGGACGGCCCGAGCCCUCGGGGGUGCUGGUCGGCGGUUCUGGAGGCGGAGCUGCCGCUGGAUAGCUCCUCCGUCCACGAGGAGAGUCCCGAGCCACCGGCGGCGGCGGGCGACCACGACGGACGCUUCUUCCCUCUCGAGAAAGCCGAGGUCGCGGGUAUCCAGUCGGACGCCGGCGUUCCCAAAUGUGACGCAGAGGAGCUCCUGAAGAGGAGGAUGGAUUCAAUCCUGCCGUCGUCGUCGUCUCCUUCCUCCUCCUCCUCCUCUUCCUCCUCCUCCUCCUCUUUUACCUCCAGUCUCCCGGCGCUUAAAGAAGCUUCGAGUGGCGACAAAGCCUCAAAGGCUGAUCCGAGCUACCGGAUCCUCAAGCUGCCCUUCCAGAGCGCUGUGACCCCGGGGGACGCCGGGCGCCUCUCCUCCUCCUCGCCGGCGGCGCCCUACUACUACAACUACCUGUCCCUGCAGACGACCCACGAGCGCACGAGCGUCCUCGGGCCGUCUCUGGACGAGCUGUCCUCCAGAGACGAGAUGUUCUCCACCGACCUGGACGACGCCGACCUCUUCCCCAAGCGGCUGUACGCCGGCCGGAGGCUUUCGGAGGCCGUGAGCAGCUCCCCGCACGACCUCACCGCCAACGCCAACGCGGAGGAGGAGGAGGAGGAGGCGUGUCUGCCCGGCGCCAAGAGGUUCAUGUGCGCCUGCUGCGGGAACAGCCUGGCGAAGAGCGCCGGACGGAGCAGAGGACACGGCGGCGGCGCCAAGGCGUCCAGGGACCUUCGAGACGGCGACUCCGAGGAGGAGGAGCGCAGGUACGAGCAGCCGGUCCGAGUGGCCGGGAGGAAGCAUACGGCGCCCAGGAAGCUCCACGGCGUCCCGCCGCCGAGACACGCGGCCAAACCCUGGCACAAAAGGGGCCCGUGCAAAGACGCGUCCGAUCCGGCGGCGACCCAGGAGGAAGGGCGGGAGCCGUGUAAGCCGGCGCCGGCCGGCGGCGAGGCCGGAGAGGCGGGCGGCGGGGAGCUGCAGUGCAGGACGUGUACGGACGGGCUGUGCAGAGACGAUCUGACCGCGUUGGAUCAGAGCCGGUCGGGCGACGGUGACGUGAUUCCCAGGAGGAGACCAGCGAACCUUCUGCAACGACAAGAGACGAGGAAAGCGAUGUGCUACAGGCCGAGAGACGAGGACAACGAGGACGAUGAGCCGCUGCUGCACUGGGAGAGAGGCUCUACGACGAGAGAACCGAGAUGUUAAUGUCCCCAAAGCGCGUUGAACUGUGCCCAAAAAAGGUGUUUAUUGUUCCAGGAUAAUGUGUUAAAAAAAGAAAUAUAUUUAGAGCACCAGGUGAAAUGCACAGCACGAGGAAUCCUCUCUUUGGUUGAAGUAAAAAUUCUAUACAUGUAUAAAGAUUCUGCAGCGACGCUGCCUCGCACUAUUUGUGAUUUAUGAAUUUCACAAACGGGGGAAUGGGCUGAAAGGUGUGAUUGGGAGCCACAGUUUUGGGGCCAGUUCAAUAAAGAAAUAUUCCUUA